AUGGGUAACGUAUUUAAAAGCAACUCACCACCAGCUUCUUCAAUCAUAAACAUUUUCAUUGCAAGUCUUGAAGAAAAUGAAAAAUUAGAACUUAGUAAAGCUGGCAUCAAGAUCACAAAUCAACUUAGAAAAUCACCAACCUUUGAUUAUGUUAGCUUCAUACAACACGUUAGCUUGGAUAAACUUUAUUCUUCGAUCUUAAAAUGGACACAAGAAACGAUUAUGAAAAGACAUACAAAAAUCAGUUCAUUAAGUUUGGAUAGAUCAAGUAAAUUGACAUGGAUGAAGAUUAAAGACAAUUUAGGAGUUGAGUUAGAUCUUUCAAAUAUUAGAGAAUUGACUAUUAAUUAUACUACAGACAAAUUUUUUUUUGAAGCUAUAGAAAAACAAAUCAAAAACUUGAAGGUAUUAAACAUUAUCAAAUCAUCAGAUGAAGAAUUGAGUAAUUUUAAAGAUCAGAAUUUCUUGAGCUCUUUGAUAUUCUCUCAAUACAAUUUAAAUAAGUUUUCAUUAAAAUGUUACGAUACAAUUAAAGUAGGAUUUAAUUCAAAUAUUUUUAUACCAUUAGCAAGUCAAUCUGACACGUUGACUUCUUUGAGCUUUUAUGGAAUACCAUUUCCAAACAACAAAUCUAUCAAAUCGUUAAAAGUCUGUAAAAAUUUACAGGAAUUGGAAAUACGCAGAUGCACAAAUUGUUUAGAAGAGAUCAACGAUUUAAAUGAUUUGGAAUUUCCUGAAUUAACCAAAAUAAAUUUGAUCGAAUCUUCAAUACAAUGGACAAAGUUAAUUCAGAUAAUCGUUAAAAACAAUCCAAAAUAUUUGAAGGAAUUCAUUUAUCAACCAUGGGAAUUAUUGGAAGAAUCGAAUAAUAAUUUAACCAAAACGAUAAUUAAAUAUUUGUCAAUUUAUAAAAUCAAAUUAGAAACUUUUGGAAUUUCAAUUAUCGAAGAUAUUUGGCCAGAAUUAGGCAAAUAUUUACCAGUCACAUUGAAACAUUUAAAUAUCUGGAUUUUCAUUGGAGCAAAGCCGAUGAAGGAUUUUUUAUUUAAUACAAAAGCAAAAUUAGAUACGUUGUAUAUUGAUUCGUGGAACGAAGAUUACUUAUGGUCACCAUAUAAUGACGUUUUAAAUGAUUAUAUCAAAGAUAGGUCACUAGACAUUAAUGAAUUUUUCUAUCCCGCAAUCUAA